CUUCGCUAGACUAUGACGUGUUGACAUUUUGUAGGAAGUUGUUUUGAUCGGAAAACAACAUUUUGCAGUCUGUUUUAAUUAUGUUAAAAGGUCUCUAAUUCUAAAGCCAAUGGAUCCUCGAGCAGUUUACCGGAAGAAUUCAGAGGAGAUUUCCACCAAUUUAUUCCGGGAUACUGCAGCGACCCCUCAGCCAAUCAUGGUAGUCGACAAUGAGGGCAAGAAAGAUGAGAUCACAUGGUUUCGUAGACUAUCACCUGACCAGAAAACAUCCUCACGAUUUUCCCUUCCGGAAUGGCUGCGCAGAUCGAAAGGAGGAUCUCCAUCUCCUUCCAAAGAAGCUGCUGUUUCCUCAUCACAACAACCUCAACCCCAAACCCUCCAGCAGUCAUCCUCACUUCCUAAUCUAUUAGCAAGUGUUAGGCAAGAUGAGAAACUCAGCACCACUGAGAGGAAGGAUGAGCGUGGGGUCAUUGCUUCGGCUUUGGGACCUUUGGCUGAUCUUGGUCAGAAAUCCUCUGGACUUAGGAUUGACAUGUCAUCCAAACAGGAAGGAUCCAAGCUGCCUCCUGAACGUUCUUUACAUCAACAGCAGCAGCAGCAUUCUAAGCUGACCUUACCGCUGCGACUCGGUACACAGCGAGAGGAAGACUCUGAACCUCGGCCUGUGUGGGAGUCGGGCAAGAGACCUCCUCGGACUUUAUCGACUGUCCUCCGUCAUAUCACUACUGUAGUCGAUAGAUCCGGACAGGUUCCGCAGGACUACAGAGAUAGUGAUUUCAAGCAAUACUGGAUGCCUGAUAGUCAGUGCAAAGAAUGCUAUGAAUGUGGUGAGAAGUUCACCACACUCCGUCGACGUCACCACUGCCGUGUUUGUGGCCAGAUCUUCUGCCGACGGUGCUGCAAUCAGGAGGUUCCAGGAAAGUUCAUGGGAUACACAGGAACUCUGCGUGUGUGUACCUACUGUUGUAAGAUCGUCUUGAGCUGUGCCCAGACCUCCUUGGGUGAUAUUAAGAUGCUUCAUGAUGAUCUAAGUCUAGUAGCAAGUGAGAUUUCAUCCCCGACACCAGACAGUAUGACACCAAGAAAGAAGAUCGAUGACUCUAGUCGGAUUCGACAAAGAACAUUCAGUGGCAGUAGUAUGGAUGGAGGGUCCAACCCGUUUGAAUUUGUCGUUCAGACACCAACAUCCACUAACCUAGCUAAGUCUAUCAGCAGUGUGGCACAAGAACGACAACAUCUUCUCAAGGAUUCUGCACAAUUACGGCAACUGUGGCUUCUCAUCCAGCAUCCAAACAACGACAUUAUGUUUCAGAAUCACCGUUUCCGUCUACGGACGUACAAUGAUUGCAUAGUAGGCAGUGAGCUUGUAGACUGGUUGCUACUGAAAGACAAAGCAACACACAGACUACAGGCUGUAGCGAUUGGUCAAGCCUUACUGGAUGCUAAAUGGCUGCAGAGUGCCACAAGUCACGACCACACCUUCUGGGACGAGUAUGCACUAUACCGCGCUGGCAAAACUGCACUCACAACAACGUCAUCUAAAGAUUUAGAUGUAAGCUUGACGGAGGAAGGAGAAAUAAACACUAUGGAGGACAACAUGGAACCUGUUUGGUUUAGAGAGAUCGAUCAAGAAGACAAAGGAAACCUGACAGACGAUGACGGGCUCGCGAAAUUAACCUCCAGCGACUCGGAGGACAAGCCCGAUUUCGUCAAGAGGCACAGACGACUGACGUCUGGCGAUCUGAUCGAUCAGUGGAACCGUGGCCGGCGCCCUUCAACAGAUUUCUUCACUGGUUCCCCUCUCAGUAGCAAUAAAGCUUCUAUGGAGAAUCUUCAAAGAGAACCAUCUGGAAAUUGGGACCAAGAGGGCGCCCUACCAGGAAUUGGAGAAGUCUUCCCAAACGGAGCUUUAUACAGUGUUGGGCUCAACCAUUCCACCCAUACACGAGGUCCAGUUCUAUCUCACGGCUGGCUAGACAUGGAAUCAGUCAGUCAGGAGAAUGGUGAGAAAGACACGUUAGAAACCCUGGUAUCGACAAGCUCUGGUCAUCUAGAGAGACUGGUGGAACAGCAACUUACUACCGAAGGGCUUGACUUGACCUGGGCAGGGACAAUCCAACAACUUGCUCAGAGAAUAUGUGCUCAGGUUAAACCAGAUGUAAUGAACGGAGAUGAUAUGGACAUUCGUCAUUAUGUCCACAUUAAGAAGGUUCCAGGUGGUUCUCAGAAAGAUUGCCUUCUGGUGAAUGGAACUAUCUGUACCAAGAACAUCGCUGAUAAAAAGAUGUUGCGAGAUAUAAGCAACCCCAGGAUCCUCCUUUUGCAGUCCGCCAUCGAGCAUCAAAGAGUAGAGAAUAAAUUCUCAUCAAUAGAUCCCAUUGUUUUACAGGAACAUGAGUAUUUGAAGAACUGUGUAUCAAGGAUUGCGUCCCUGAAGCCAAAUAUUCUGAUUGUUGAGAAGACAGUCGCACAACUAGCUCGGACAUUUCUCUUACACAACGGCAUCACAUUGGUACUCAACAUGAAACCUUCUGUUAUGGAGCGAUUGAGUCGAUUCACUGAAGUGAGUUUGAUUCCAUCCACGGAUCAUAUCAACCAGAAUACUCCAAUGGGUUACUGUCACAUGUUUCAUCUACAGAAGUAUGAAUUACCAAAAGGUUUCUCCAAGACAUUAAUGUUCUUUGAAGGUUGCCGCAGCCAUCUUGGAUGCUCGGUUCUACUGAGAGGUGGUGACUACCAUCAACUCAAGAAGGUGAAGAAAGUUCUUCAGUUCGUUGUCUAUGCCAGGUAUCACUCCCGUCUUGAGAUCUCCUUCCUCAUGGAUGAGUUUGCCAAGCCUCCGUCUCAACCAACGGACACUGAUCCUAUAACCAUCAUCUCACCUGAAUCCAACACUGCUAUGACCCCCACCCUAGGUGUCUCUGAUAGCAUCAGUGAAGGCCUUGCAACCGUACAGGAUUCAGGAAUAGUGGUAGGAGAGGGCGAUCAGGUUGAUAUCGUCAGUGAGCAGUCUCAGGUUGAGGAGCAAGAGAUGAAAGAUGAGGUGGAUGCGGCAAGGAUGGGCUUCCGAGCAACGAUGUCUUCCAUGAAGAAGCUCCUGAAGUCCAAAGUGACUAAUGCGAAGACACCACCGCCGUCUGGUCCAGAGCAGGACCAUGAAAAUCAUCAUGAAGACAGCCUGGAAGUUGCAAGGAAUGACAGAUCACUUCUAAUUGAGCAACGAUUGCUUCGGGAAGCCGAGGAAGAUGUAGUUGAUCAACAGUCAGCAUCUCCCAAGAAGCUUCCGACGGACGAAGACGAUGAGGAGAAUUCCAUGUUCAGUAGUUUAGGAAGCAGCAAAGAUCGUCAUUUUCCUCAAGAAGCGGCUGGUAAUCAAUUGGCCACACAGGAAUCUGUUACAAGUCUACAUAAAAGUGGAUCUGUUCCAGAGUUUGACCACGAGGCAAUGACCAAAGAUCUAGAAUCCAAAUUCUUAGAGUUGAGAAGACACAAGCUGGCAUCAGUUGACAACGCUUCAAUGGGGAGCCUGGAUGAUAUAGCCCACAUGACUCUUUGUGUCCCUACAAAAUCUAAAUCUUCAUUUAAUACAGCACUGAGUGAUGAGCUUCUAUCAAUCUCACCUCAUGUGAAGUUCAACAUCCCUUACUUGGAGGGUAAGGCUGGUAAAGAGUCUCCUCUAAGGCGUUUUUUCCCUACAGAUGAAUUCUACUGGUCUCCAAAGCUUCCUGGACUCAGCCAUGAUGUCUCCGAAGCAGACACAGCAACUCAACAGGCAGAGCCGAAUUACGGUAACGUGGAUCGCUGCAGUCGUGCCUCCAACGCUGUCACCAUCAAGCCUCCGCAUCCUUUCACCUUCUCACAACUCACGGAAGACGCAAAAGACGAAACAACGCGGAGUCUCUUGGCAAACUUCCGGGCUCGUGGAGGACGCAUAAUCCAGCAAGUUCCUCCUUUGCAUCCUCCCGAUGCUAUAGUUCAAUCUGACGACGCUAAGACUGUCUCUAAAGGCAACCAAGAGAAGGCGUAUCGUCGACGCCAAGACUGCCUGGAUAUCUACAACCAUCAGAGAUUGUUACUGCAGUUCUGUAGCUAUUCCCAUCUCUCUAGUAAUGUACCCAAUCACUGCGUAACUCCUUGGACUGUAACGAUGGAGUUUUAUAGCAGGAAUGAUCUGACCCUUGGAGAGUUCUUGGAAAGAUACUGCUUCAGCGCUAAAUACAAAUGUCCGAAUGAGCUUUGUGAUGCGGCCAUGGCAGACCACAUCAGACGUUUUGUACACGGCAACGCUUCUAUUCAUGUCUUGCUACGCCAUCUUGAGAGCGCUAUCCCUGGCUUCACAGACAAGAUCCUCAUGUGGAGCUGGUGUCGGAAAUGUAGACAGGUAACCCCAGUUCAGCCAAUGUCUCUGGAUAGUUGGCAUAUGUCUUUUGGGAAGUAUUUGGAGCUACGGUUUCACUGUAAGGAGUAUGGCCGAAGACUGAGUGCCUUACCGUGCGGUCACUCGCUACAUAGACAUCAUUAUCAGUACUUCGGUCAACACAACAUAGUCGCCUCAUUCAAAUACAGCCCCAUACUGCUGAGAGAAGUCUGUCUUCCACCUCUACCUCUUCAUAUCCAGCAAGCAUUCCGUUCCUACCCAGCAUCUUCUGAAGAAUUCAAUAUACUCUCCUCCAAGGGCUCGCACCUACUGAGGGAUAUCUACACCAAGAUUAAUGCAAUAACAGGAGUAGAUGACACUAUUAUACAGGCCAUACAGUACUUAGAGAAGAGGAAUGUUCAAUUCAUGACCCAGUAUCAAGUGGACAACAACAAAUUCUGCCAGAAAGCAAGAGAGCUGCAAACCAAAAUAUCCAAUCUGAGCACUCAGACGGCUGCAUCAGCCAAUCAGAGCAAAGAAAUAACCAAUCUGCAACUGGAUAUUGAGGACUGUAUUGUGAAUGUCAAACAGUUUGUGUCUAAGAUCGCUAUGGACUGGAACAAUCGGUUCAGUGAAUUUAUCCUCCAGGAAAAGGAACGAAAUAAGAGGAAGAGUAGCCCUUCACUUUCCCGUCAAGAACUCAACAUGGCUACAGCAGCAGCCGCAGCCAUCAAAGAGAUAGAAGAGGAAUCACCGACUCACACACCUCCCUCAAAGACCCCAGGCAACCGUGCUUCUUACCCUCCCGCUACCUCUGACCAAUCAGCCGCUCCAUACGGGUCGAGUCUACCAAUGGUCAUACCCCCAAUGGUAGUUCCAACAUUGACCAAUCUCCCUCCAGAUGUAAUUGAAACUCAAGAGAGUUAUGAGGACUCAAACUCGUCCACAACUUGUGGCCGAUCACGAGAUGACAGCUUCGACACCAUCUUACCAAGACCUCGUGCUUAUCACGAUCAACUCUACAUCAAUAACAGACCUAGCUAUGGGAUAUCACCAGGCAUGUAUGCUGGUCUGGCCUACAGACCCGUUACAGAGCCAUCCAUUGAUGCUGUUGAUCAUGACCUUGCUAUCAUUGAGAUGCCAGAUCCGGAACCAGCAGCUGCUAGUCCCUCCCCAACGAAGGAGGCUAGACUCACCCUAGGAUCGCCUACUAGAGAGGUCAAUGUCACUCAAGUGCCUAAGUCUCCUACCAAAGGAGGUGCUGUGACCCCAGGGAGUAAAACUGAAGAUACAAGCAGCAAAGAGAACGGUAAACAGUCAUCCAUUACAACCUCAUCAUCGGACGGUGCGGAUCAGCCUGAUGUGUUUUUCCCAUCCUCCAAGGCUGACCAGACUCAAUCCACACAAAGCUCAUCCUACAAAAGCAAGCAAGCUAAUAGUGCUAUGAAAGCAUUCUUCAAUACACUCAUGUCUAGUAGUGAUAUGGGGAGAGUGGAUUCACCCUAUCCACCAGAGGAGCAUCAUAUCUUACCUCAGUGCACUGUAACUCCAAUCAUCAUAUAUGACCAGGAACCAAGCUCUAUUAUUGCAUACGCAUUGAGCUCUGAGCAAUACAAAACUCAGCUGUAUGAACUUCAGCAACCUGACCUACUUCCACCAAGCGAGGCCGCUGCUCAGGCAGACGUACUUCAUGAUCUUAAGAAUACAAGCCCCAUCCCAAGACGUCACAUGCCGUUUGAGAGUAGCCAAGGAGCAAACGAUGGGAAGGACCAUCCAAAACGACCUGCACUCACACGAAAGACCAGCAAGGGUGUUAUUUCAUUUCUUCGUAGUAAGAUUCCUGAAAACUCCAGCAGUAGUUCUGUCACUCUGCAACAUAAAGAUGAUUCUCAUGUUGAUGCUGUGCAAUAUCAAACCUUAGGUAGUGAUGAGACAUCAUUGUCUUCAGCUGUAGACAGUAAAGACGAUACAGAUUUUGAUUUCUUCUCAUCAAGUCUUGCUGAGAAAAGAAACCUCUCAUCACCGCACAUUGAAUUACAAUUCACUGAUGCUGCAACCAACACACAGUUCUUCUGCCAGGUAUAUCAUGCCGAUCAGUUUCUUCAACUUCGCAAGUAUGUUUUCCCAGCUGGUGAGGAAACCUACAUCAGAUCGUUAUCACGUUCUGUUUCGUGGCUCGCUCAAGGAGGCAAAUCACGCUCAAAGUUCCUUAAAACAAAAGAUGAUAGGUUCGUACUGAAGCAGAUAUCUCGUUUGGAGUUCCAAUCCUUCAAGGAAUUCGCUCCGCAUUAUUUUAAAUACAUUGAGCAGGCGAAUACUGAACAGAGACCGACAACACUUGCCAAAAUUCUUGGCGUUUACAAAGUUGGCUACCAGAACCCCAUCACUAACACGGCUCAGAAACAUGUUCUACUCAUAAUGGAGAAUCUAUUCUAUCAACGACGUAUGGGUCAAGUGUUUGAUCUUAAGGGGUCAAUUAGAAAUCGUCACGUUAAGACGACGGGACAGGAACCAGACUUAGUGCUGAUGGAUGAAAACCUCUUGAAACAUAUGGUUGAUUCACCACUAUUCAUACGCAGCCACAGCAAGGCAGCGUUAACAAUGGCCGUCCAUUACGACAGUAUGUUUCUUGCAAAGCACUUUAUCAUGGACUACUCUCUACUUGUGGGUCUGGAUGCAAAAACUGAACAACUUGUAGUUGGUGUCAUCGAUUACAUUCGCACAUUUACGUGGGACAAGAAGCUGGAGAUGAUGGUCAAAUCAACAGGAAUUGUUGGUGGACAAGGGAAAAUGCCAACAGUGGUUUCUCCGGAGCUGUAUCGAACUCGAUUCUGUGAAGCAAUGGAUAAAUAUUUUCUCUUAGUCCCAGACCGCUGGACUAACUUAGGAUCAGAAUUUUAAGUUUAAAAAUCAGGAUUUCAGAUUGUAGUCUUUCACAGCAAUAAUUUGGAAUAAAUGGUGUUUCAGUUGAGUAAGUAAAAUGAGGGAAUUAAAGUGUGUCUAUUUUUCUUGGAAGAACGAUAGUGCUGUUGUUGGGAUUGAAACAACUUGAAUAAAGUAUCUCUACAAAGAAAUUCUAUGAUUCAUUUCAUUUUAUUUAUUACUACAUCCUUCCACUUAACAUAAAACACCAUUUAGCAAUUGAAAUAUGUACAUAAAAAUGGUAUAUAAUACAAGAAAACAUAUAGUUUAAAAUGGAAAAGUACAAACAUUUAUUUACAUUUGAUUAACAAUGGAUAAGCUUGCUAAAGAGCUAGCCCUAUUAAAGUUUGUGAAAGGAACUUGUUUCUUGCUAGAUGCUGGCAUAGAUGUAGUUUGCAUAACUUUCUUGCUAGAUGCUGGCAUAGAUGUAGUUUGCAUAACUUUCUUGCUAGAUGCUGGCAUAGAUGUAGUUUGCAUAACUUUCUUGCUAGAUGCUGGCAUAUAUGUAGUUUGCAUAACUUUCUUGCUAGAUGCUGGCAUAGAUGUAGUUUGCAUAACUUUCUUGCUAGAUGCUGGCAUAAAUGUAGUUUGCAUAACUUUCUUGCUAGAUGCUGGCAUAUAUGUAGUUUGCAUAACUUUCUUGCUAGAUGCUGGCAUAUAUGUAGUUUGCAUAACUUUCUUGCUAGAUGCUGGCAUAGAUGUAGUUUGCAUAACUUUCUUGCUAGAUGCUGGCAUAGAUGUAGUUUGCAUAACUUUCUUGCUAGAUGCUGGCAUAGAUGUAGUUUGCAUAACUUUCUUGCUAGAUGCUGGCAUAGAUGUAGUUUGCAUAACUUUCUUGCUAGAUGCUGGCAUAUAUGUAGUUUGCAUAACUUUCUUGCUAGAUGCUGGCAUAUAUGUAGUUUGCAUAACUUUCUUGCUAGAUGCUGGCAUAGAUGUAGUUUGCAUAACUUUCUUGCUAGAUGCUGGCAUAGAUGUAGUUUGCAUAACUUUCUUGCUAGAUGCUGGCAUAGAUGUAGUUUGCAUAACUUUCAUCAAUGUGAACACAAGUAAUGAUGAAUUAAGGGAGCAUCAAUCUGCAGUGUGUAGCAGAAAUACACUUGAGGUGGUGCAUUUGGACGGAGAAAAUCAUUUUGCUUGUGUAAAAUGAUGAAUUAACAAUUAAUAAAAAAUGGUAACCUAGCACUAACAUAAUUUAGCUCUCGUAAUAAUAUUUGGUGGGAUAAAUUCGGUUGCAUAUUAUUAUUUUGUUCUAUUUAUAUCAUACACAGUCCAAAGUGAAGGUCAAGUUUAUCAAUUUUCUCUUAUUUUUUCUGGUCUUGGUUAAUGUUUCCAAAUACAUGAACAUGUCUUCUCAUUACUUUACUGAGCCCUUGUGCAUACAUAAUACUUGAAACCCAUGGUCAAAAAACAAGCUGGUUGCCUAAUUUUCUCAUAACCUGUGCUUAAGCAAAUAUUUCUGCUACUAGCAUGAAAAUUUGCUGAUCGUUAAGCAGCGCUAUGAAAUUGGCCCCAGAUGUCCUGUAUAAAGUAACUCAAAUGUAUAGUGUGCUUAUAUGGAAGCUAACAAAACUAAUGUACUUGCCAAGAACAGACAUUUUAUAAAAAUCUGGCAGAUGAUAAUAUUAAUACAAAUUAUAUUUGUUAUUUUGCUCAUUAAAAGAAAAUGUGCAUAUUUUUCUUUGAUUAGGAUUUGAUCAUUCCAUAUUAUUUAUAUAUUAUAUUAUUGCAUACAAUGUUAACUCUGUCAAACAGGAAGAAUGUUUAUGAAAUAAAAGCUAAGUAUGGAAACAG